GGCAAGAAAAAACGACAAAAAAAAACGAAAAAAACAAAACGGAACUGCUCAGCUGUUCUCUCUAGAAAUCUUACUGACCGUUCAGUUCCCAAAACGCAAAAAUCCUCAGAAAUAAAGGCACUUUUUAUCUCAAAAUAAAAAACUUUAAAAGAUAUAAUUUUGGGUAAUUUACUAUAUCUUUUUUUUUAUUAAUUUUAAUUUUGGGUAAUUUACUAUAUUGUCUCAAUUAAUUUUAAUGGGGAAGAGGAAGAGAAGUUCCCAACAUAACAAUCUCGACCAUCCUUCUCCUUCGGAAGAUAUCCCAUGCUCAACAGGGACAGAGCUAUUAUCCAAAGAGCAUUCUUCGAAUUUGGAUGCUGGCAUGGAUGUUGGAGAUAGUUCUGUGAAGCUAUGCAAUUCCAACUCUUCUGUAGCUCAGCGCCAUUGCAAUCUUGGGCGUUCAAUAUUUUUAAAAAGAUCACGCCAUUACUAUGGCCAUCACUAUUCACGCCGAAACUCUGGCAGCCUCAAUAAUCCAUCAACUUCUCAUGGCAAGAUUAGUCCUUUACAUGAUGAGAGAUUAUCCUUUAAGUUUACUCAAUACAACCCAGAGUCUAGAUGCCAUGCAGAUGGAAAAGCAUUUGGCAGACCAGAAAGAAUUAGGUCUAGUUCCUUGGUGAUGGAUGCAAUAUCACCUGACAAGAUGAAGAUGGUUUGUGGCAUAUGUCAGAAGCAUUUGAGGCGGAAACCUUAUUUUCUCGGAAAUAUGCUGGCUUCUGGUGAAUUCUCUGUUGUGGCAGUUCUAGUUUGCGGGCAUGUAUAUCAUGCGGAUUGUUUGGAAGAGAGAACAAGUCUUGAUGAUCGGCGUGACCCGCCAUGUCCUUCAUGUUCAGGUUCACCAUCACAAGUUUGAUGCUUCUAGUGGAAAGUGAUUGUACAGAUAUCGACACAUUUAUCAUACUAAUUUUCUAGAACUAUAGAACAUGCUUAAUUAGAGGGCACAAAUGUAGGAUGAUGUGUGUUAUGAUCUAAGCUGAAGUUUUACAGAUUAGGAUGUUAACCAUGCAUUGUGUAUUGCUAAUAUAUCAACAGUUGAACUGAA